AUGGCUAGCGGGGCUGAGGCUGACAGCGUGCGUGGCGCUAGGCGUUUAGAGCGAGUUAAAAUCAGGCGUUCGAAUAUAAUAUCACAGAUUAAAGCCGUGCAUGAGUUAGCAUUACAGAUUGAAGAGCAACCCGACCUAGGUCCAACCGUUACACAUUUAACUGCCGAUUUAGAUUCUAUGUGGACACAGUUUAGGUUUGAAGACGACGAGGUGUUAGACGGCUUAACCGAAUUAGAUAGACUUUCCGAGUAUGAUGUCGGUUUAUCAGCUGAAAUACGUAAAUGUAUUAGUGAAUGUAAGGUCGCGGUGGCAAAGUUAUUGCCUAAGGGCGCUGAGGCAAUCGACAUGUCAUACCUCCAGGCUAGGUUAGGAUCGACUGAACCCCCUCAGGAAGUUUGCCAAAAUCCGUUGUCGCGUCUACCAGAAAUUCCACUCCCCAAGUUCGACGGAGAUUUCCGUUUAUGGCCUACGUUCCGUGAUAGGUUUAAGGAACAAGUAGACGCGCGACUCCAGCUGUCCAACAUCGAUAAGAUGUAUUAUUUAAUCGGGUGUCUUACUGGCGAAGCGGCCGACGCGAUACGCGGUGUUCCGGUGUCCGGUGAAAAUUAUGGUCUCGCGUGGUCCCUCCUGUCAGAGCGAUUUUAUCGACCGCGAUUAGUCGCCACUUCGUUACUUGAUCGAUUAUUAAGCGCGCCGACAAUGUCACAGGAAUCGUUACAUGACCUUAAUAAUUUUGUAGGGACAGUGAGCGAGAGUAUUUCGCUAUUGGAAGCACUAAAAAUACCAAACUUGGGGUCUUUCAUAUUAUUUACCAUUGCAUUUAGGUGUCUGCCGGUCGCCACGCGCAAAUUAUUCGAGUCAGGUAGUUCGGCUGAUUAUCCGUCUAUAACCGGUUUGCUCAAGUUUGUUCGCUCGCGCGUGUCUAUAUUGGAGAACGUCGCUGAUGCGGGAAAGGUCGGUAAUGUUACCGCGCAAGUUAAGUCGGGAAAGCCGCAAAAUACGUUCCGUAAGAAUGGGGAUCAGUACGGGAAAUCAAAAGGGUUCCGUCCAGUGUCAUUUGUGACGGCGAAAGAAGACGGAAAUUGUCCAUGUUGUGCCGGUGCACAUUCGUUAGUCGCAUGUAUGAAAUUUAAGUCAUGGGCAGCCGGAAGCCGAACGCGGUGGGCGCGAGAAAAUCGCGUUUGUUUUAAUUGUUUGAGCGUUGGGCACUGGGUUCCGAAAUGUAAGGUGAAGCCUAAUUGCAAAGAUUGUUCGCGUAAACAUCACACACUUCUACAUUUGUCGUCGGACGAGCGAGAGGGCGGGGAGGAAUCGCCGGUGCAGGUCGAUUCAUCUGUGUGUGCGUCUGUAGUGAGGCCCCCGUCCCCCCAUCCAUCUAUGGCCAUUGUAUUAGGUACCGCACUCGUACAUAUGCGGGAUAGGUCUGGCGCGGUGCAUACAAUACGGGCGCUGGUUGAUAGCGCGUCGCAAGUUAGCGUAAUCACUACCGCGUGCGUUAAGCGAUUAGGAUUGAUACCGUCACGUUGGACUGCACCGAUAAGCGGGUUGGCUGGGACAACUGUUGCCGCCGUUCAAGGGCGCGUAGACUGUAUAGUGCAACCUCGGUUCGCGCCAGAUCCGGUGCUGCCUGUUCAGGCGUUGGUGUUGCCUACCAUAACAAGCGACUUACCGCAGAAAUCGUUAGCCGCGUGUGUAAAAGACCGUUUUUCUAAUCUGGAACUCGCAGAUCCAUCAUUAUAUUUAACUUCGCCAAUCGACUUGUUAUUAGGAGGGGACGUAUACGGGUCUAUAAUGGACGGGCGGAAAGUGUCGAUCGACGAAUCAUUACCGACAGCUUUUAGUUCAGUGUUCGGCUGGAUACUUAUCGGUCCGGUCGUUGACCCGGUCGGGUAUUCUCAUCAGUCGUUACCUAUUUGUAUGAACGCGUCUAUUGAGGGGAUAAUGGAGCGCUUUUGGCACAUUGAAGAACCCGAAAUAGCGCCUGUCACGUUCACAAGUGAAGGGUGUUGUGAACAAAUAUUUCGCGAUGAAAUGACGCGCCUACCGUCUGGUCGCUUUGCGGUACCGUUACCAUUUCGCGGGCCGGUAGAAACUUACGUGGGGUCUCGCGAGGUAGCCGUGAGGCGGUUCGAAGCGCUCGAACGCAAAUUGUGCGCGAAUUCAGUGUUAAAAUCAUUGUAUGUAAAGUUUAUGUCUGAGUAUAUCGCGUUAGGACAUAUGUCGGUGGCAACGUCUCCGGGGCGAUAUAUAAUCCCUCAUCAUGCUGUCUAUCACCCGGAGAUUGAUCCUAAUAAGAUUCGGGUUGUGUUUGAUGCGUCUGCCAGGGGCUUCCGCGGACCGUCGCUUAAUGAAUGUUUGUGGUCUGGUCCGAAACUACAGCAGGACAUUGUGGACGUCUUGACACGUUUCCGUGUACAUAAAUACACAUUUACCACUGACAUCUGUAAGAUGUACCGACAAAUUCUGAUUCUACCCAAGUAUAGAGAGUUUCAACAUGUGUUGUGGCGCGCCUCGCCUCACGAUGAAUUGCGUGAAUAUGAGCUUAAUACCGUCACGUACGGCGUUAACUGUGCCCCGUAUCUCGCCCUUCGCGUUCUUAAAGUAAUUGCGUCCACCGACUGCGACGGUUUUGACCGGGUACGUAACGCGCUCAAUUAUCAAACUUACGUCGACGAUAUUUGA